CUCUCCCUCCUCACAAACCGCUCCCGACCCGCGAGCUCGCUCCCCGUCGGAUCGAACAGCUAGGGUUUCGGAGGAAGACUUGUGCGGCGACGAGAUGUUCGGGCGCGCGCCGAAGAAGAGCGACAACACGCGAUACUACGAGAUCCUGGGCGUGCCCAAGGACGCGUCCCAGGAUGACCUCAAGAAGGCCUACCGCAAGGCCGCCAUCAAGAACCACCCCGACAAGGGCGGGGACCCUGAGAAGUUUAAGGAGCUAGCUCAGGCUUAUGAGGUCCUCAGCGAUCCUGAAAAGCGAGAGAUUUAUGAUCAGUAUGGUGAGGAUGCCCUUAAGGAGGGAAUGGGAGGUGGAGGAGGAAUGCAUGACCCAUUUGAUAUCUUCCAAUCCUUCUUUGGUGGAAGCCCCUUUGGAGGUGGUGGUAGCAGUAGGGGCAGGAGGCAGCGUAGGGGUGAGGAUGUGGUUCACCCUCUGAAGGUUUCUCUGGAGGAAUUGUACAAUGGCACCUCAAAGAAGCUCUCACUGUCGCGCAAUGUACUCUGCUCCAAGUGCAAUGGCAAGGGUUCAAAGUCUGGAGCUUCAUCGAGGUGUGCUGGUUGCCAAGGCUCUGGGUAUAAGGUCCAAAUCCGACAGCUGGGACCAGGAAUGAUUCAGCAAAUGCAGCAUCCUUGCAAUGAGUGCAAGGGUACUGGGGAGACCAUCAGCGAUAAGGACAGAUGCCCACAAUGCAAGGGUGAGAAGGUGGUUCAGGAGAAGAAGGUUCUCGAGGUGGUGGUCGAGAAGGGUAUGCAGAAUGGCCAGAAGAUUACCUUCCCUGGUGAAGCUGAUGAGGCGCCGGAUACUGUCACCGGAGACAUCAUCUUUGUCCUCCAGCAGAAGGAGCAUCCCAAGUUCAAGAGAAAGGGCGAUGACCUCUUCUAUGAGCACACUCUGACCUUGACUGAAUCUCUCUGCGGUUUCCAGUUUGUUCUGACCCACUUGGAUAACAGGCAGCUGCUAAUCAAAUCAAACCCCGGUGAAGUUGUCAAGCCUGACUCGUUCAAGGCGAUCAACGAUGAGGGCAUGCCCAUGUACCAGAGGCCCUUCAUGAAGGGCAAGCUGUACAUCCACUUCUCGGUGGAGUUCCCGGACUCUUUGAACCCGGAGCAGUGCAAGGCACUGGAGGCUGUCCUCCCUCCCAAGCCAGCAUCGCAGUACACGGACAUGGAGCUCGACGAGUGUGAGGAGACAAUGCCGUACGAUGUUAACAUCGAGGAGGAGAUGCGGAGGCGGCAGCAACAGCACCAGGAGGCCUACGACGAGGACGAGGACAUGCCUGGCGGUGCGCAGAGGGUGCAGUGCGCCCAGCAGUAGGUGCUGUAGGAAGAUUUGUUCGACGGUGGCGGCAAAUUUGUUGUUUCGCUAUAUGCGAGUACUGUUGGGUCCCAAGUUUUCCCGCGUAUUAUGUGAUGAUACUUUCGGUUAUGAAAAUACUACAAUAUUCGCUCCGUGGAGCAGGAGA